AUGGUGAAUGUCGAUGAACUAAGGCAACUGUUGGAGUGUAUUCCACAGGAUACAGUCGGUUAUGCGUUUGCAUAUGGAUCGGGUGCAGUUAGUCAACUUGGUGAAAAAUCCGAUGUAAAAAUGGUUGACUUUAUUAUUGUAUCAAAUAAUUCGUUAAAAUUUCACGAAGAGAAUUUGCAACGAAAUCCUUGUCAUUAUUCGGCAUUGCGGUACUUUGGUGCCAAUACACUUACAAAAUUGCAACGUAAUUUCGCUGCCCGAGUAUUCUAUAAUACUCAUAUAAGCUAUAAAGGACGAUUAUUAAAGUAUGGAGUAGUUGAAUAUGAAGAUUUGGAGCGUGAUUUAUUGGAUUGGCGUUGGCUUUAUCUCGCUGGGAGACUUCAUAAAGUUGUCGUUGAUAUAGUACCACCACCAAAGACUCUUGCUGCUGCCAUUCAUGAAAAUCGUAUUAGCGCUAUUGCUUUAUUAUUACUUCCUGGAACUUUUACCCUUGAGCAAUUUUUGACAAUGGUGGUUUCAUUAUCAUAUAAUGGUGAUUUUCGCAUGUUAUUUGGUGAAGAUAAGAAUAAAAUCAAAAAGAUCGUUGAUGGAAGUUCUCAAAAAUUAGCUGAAAUUUUUAUGCCCAUAUUAGAGAACGAUACACGUUUAACAAUUACGCGAACAUCUCUUUUUGAAUUAAUAAAGGACACAAAUAUGGCGGCAGUUUAUCAUCGAAUUCAGUUACUUCCAUGCGCUAUUCUUGAAAGGCUUCAAAAAGUUUGGAAUCAACGGGAUUCGAAACAGCGUGAUAUUGAAGAAGUAACUUUUUCGCUUGCAAGACGUCUGGAUGUCGCUCACCACAUUGAUGACGCAAUUUCAUCCAUUGUUGCGCCUUCAGCAAUACGUCAAACGGUAAAAAAUUUUCUUACAGCUGGUAUCACUCGAUCAUCAUUGUAUGCGUUGAGUAAAAUGCUUAAAAUGUUUAAAUCAUUGGCAUAA